AUGGGUUCCUAUCCAUCUGAAUGCAUCGAGAGAUUUGUAGCCUUGGCACUGAGGUGUUGCCAUACCAAGCAAGAGAAACGGCCAUCAAUGCUGGAAGUGGUUAGGGAACUAGAAAACAUACUCAGAAUCUUGCCAGAAACGGAUACUACUGAUAUAGAAUCUGCUUCCACAUAUUCCGGGAAGACCGCACCUGCAUUUUCUGGCAUGUUAGCAUCUUCAUCUUCAUUCUACGCAAGCAGGGAUGCAUCCAAGUCGUCCACUCUUUUGGGAAGCGAUAUUAGCAGUGGCGUCAUCCCCCUUACCGCCUCGUUGAUAUCAAAACUAGAAAACUCUGUGUGCUUAUUAAUCUCCCCCACCCCACCCCCACAAAUCGUGCAGUUUAGUGAGAUAUGUAAAGUGGGUUUGAUUCCCAAAUGCCGCAUUUUAAUUAAUAGUAAGAAAUCUGCUUACAAAGUGAAGAAUUAUUUCACAAUAAGAAGAUUAGAUCUCACAGAUGGAAAUCUGUACAGUCAAUAA